AUGGCAUCAUCAAAUAAUGAAACGAGUUCAAUUCGUUCAUCAAAAAGUAAUUUAUAUGGUAAUAUUGGAGGAAAUUCAUCUUUCGUUGAUGAAUCUGUAGUUGGAAAAUCAUCAUUAGAAGAUGUAGCGGCUGGUAUAGCUAGGAUAGAAAACGUUCUAUUAGAUCUUACAAAACAGAUUUUAAUAUUAAAUGAUAAUAUGUCAGUAUUAUUAAACCAACCAACACAGACUUCUUCUUCAAAUGGUCAAAAGGCGAAUAAUCUGGUUCAAGUGGAUUUACAGCAAACUGAAAUAAAAAGAAGUACUAGCAUAAGAACCUAUCACAAAGAUCCCUCCGAUACAAUUGGAAAUUUAUCUUUACAAAUUGCUACCUUAUCUACCAGUGUAGCUCAAUUAAUUUCUCAAAGAAAUAGUAAUUUUAUCCCUUUACAACCUCCGUUUCAAAGAAUUCCAAGAUGGAAUCAUGAUCCUUAUCGGAAUUCAAAUCAUCCUCCUCUAAUACCACGAAACAUGGCUCCCAGACCAGAUAGAAGUAACUCGAUUGAUAAAGAGGUUGAUGAGGUGAUUGAAAAGUUUGAGAAUAUGCGACUAAGGCCAGAAGUACUUCGUGGAAUUUUGGAUUAUGGACUUGAUCGACCUUCAUCAGUGCAGCAACGAGGAAUUCCUUUAUUAUUAAAAGGACAAGAUAUCAUUGCACAAGCAAAAACAGGACAAGAUAAAUUUUCUACAUAUUGUAUACCAAUCUUACAAAAUAUGGAAUUACAAUCAAUAAGGACGCAAUCAUUAAUUAUAACGGCAACGAAUGAAACGGCAGGACAUGUAUAUAGAUUAAUAAUGGGAUUAUCAACAUCAAUGCGAAAUUUGGAAUGUUUACUUUGUAUAAGUGGAAGUAAUAUCGGGGAUGAUGUGAAAAAGGUGCAAAAAAGGCCACAUAUAAUAAUAGGAACACCAAAUCGAAUGUGUGACUUGGUGCACUUGGAUGCAAUAGAUUUAUCAUAUUUAAAAAUGUUUAUUAUUGAUGAAGCUGACGUUCUAUUGGAACAAGGAUUUAAAGAUCAAGCGAUGGAAUUGAGAAGAAAUUUUCCUUUAAAGACUAUAGUUCAAACCGUCUUAUUUUGCGGAAAUGUUAAUGCUGAAAUAAUGGAACUAACUACACCCUUACGAAUGCGCGAACCUGUUAGAAUACUCGUUAAAAAAAAUGAACAAUUGCUACAGGGGCUACGUCAUUAUUAUUUGUAUGUUGCGGUUGAAAGGAGUGAUUGGAAAUUUGAAGCUCUAAGUGAUUUAUUGGAAGGGAUGAAAACUUCAAAAAUAAUAAUUUAUUGCAACAAAGAUAGCACCAAGGAUUCUCUAUGUUAUAAAUUAUGUGCAAGGAACUUCCAUGCCGUUGCUCUGCAUGGAGAAGUGGGUAGUUCACAAAGAAACUUAAUAUUGGAUAAAUUUAAGUCGAAUAAGGACAAUAUACUUAUUACAACAGAUUUAAUAACCAAAGGGGUAGACAUCGAACAAUCAGUUCAACUGGUGAUCAAUUUUGAAUUACCCACCAAGCCUGAAGAAUAUGGGAAACGCAUCGCUAUCGUGUCUGCAUCGGGAAGUGGUCGUCAAGGUGUUUCAAUAUUGUUUGUAACAUCAAAAGCCAACGAUAUGGGUGAUUUACGCGCAAUUGAAAGUUUUCAUAAAAUUAAAAUGCCCGAGAUUCCGGUAUCACAGCUUGCAAUAAAUCUUAUUUUAGGUCUUGGUACGCUCGUACUAUUUAGUUUUUUAAGGCCAAGGAAUGGUAUAGUUUAUUCACCAAAACAAUUUGCAUCGCCAGAUAAACAACCACCAAUUAUUGAAGAGAAUAAAUUAUGGGGAUGGGUCAAACCAGUAUUGGAAGCUGAUGAAUCCUUGUUAAUAAAAAAAAUCGGAUUGGACGCUAUCAUUACUUAUCAAGAUAACAAUUAUGAGAUACCAAGUAAUGGUAACAUAUUGCAAAUAUUAAGCAUCUCUUAUAUUGAACAGCCAAAUUGGUUUUGGACACAUUCAGUAUUUACAUGGAUAUUCUCAAUUAUCAUGUAUUUUUUUUUAUACAUGGAAUAUUCCGAGUAUCGUAGAUUGAGAUUCGGUUAUUUUAGAUCAGAAGGUUAUCGUAGAUCUUUACAUUCAAGAACUUUAUUAAUAACGGGGGUGCCAAAGUCCAAGCAAUCAGAUAAGGGGUUGAUAGAAUUCAUGGAAUUAAUCAAGGUCAAAUUUCCGAUUUCUGAAACGGUUAUAGCGAGAGACGUUGGAGAAUUACCCGAAUUGGUCAUUGAAAGAGAAGAAGAUGUACGCGAUUUAGAGCGCGCCUUGAACAAGUACUUGAAGGUACCUGAUCUUGAGACAUCCAAGAGACCAAAGCAUCGUAAACAUAUAAUCUUUGGACGUAAGGUUGAUAGCAUUGAAUACUUUACUCGUAGAAUUGAAGAAAAUGAAGCAAGGAUUAUCAAAUUAAGGGAGAAAAGUUUAGAAGAGAAGAGAACUUUGAAUUAUGGAUUCGUUGCUUUCGAAACGAUUCAUGACGCGCAUUCCGUCGUGAAACAUUUGGAUAGCGUCCCAUCCGGUGGGGUGAAACCAUCAUCAAUUCUCGCACCAUCCGUGGAACUCGCACCAAUGCCACAAGAUAUCAUUUGGAGUAAUAUUUCCAUGUCACCCGCAUUCAGAAGCACUCAAAGAUGGAUUGGACGUCUCGUUUUCAUUUCCCUUUGCUUUCUAUGGUUGAUCCCGUUGAGUUUUGUGACAACCGUAGCACAUAUUGGAAAUCUCGUGAAAAUCUUUCCUUUUCUCAAAGGUUUUCUUGAUAAUGCCUUUAUAACAGGGCUCAUUGAAUCAUGGAUGACACCAAUGAUUUUAGCCUUGUUCGUUCUCAUCUUACCGGCCAUACUGAGAUGGUUGACGAGCACACAAGGAAUAACUACAUAUUCGGAAUCAGAAAGGUCCGUCCUUGGAAAAUUAUAUUUAUUCUUCUUUAUAAAUAAUUUAAUCAUAUAUACGAUAUCAUCAACCUUAUUGGAUCUAGCCACCAAGAUUAAAGCAUCAAUAGAUGCGGGUUAUCUAAAUGUGGGGGAUUUAACAAAAGUGAUAUUUAAUCCAGCAAUUUUAGAUGAUAUAGCGGAAUCUGCUAUUAAAGUGUCAUUUUUUUGGAUCAAUUACAUUUCUUUGAGAGGUUUGUUUGCCGUAUGGGACUUGGCUCAAUUCUUUCAAUUGGUUUACGUUUGGUUUAAAAAGAAAGUCAUCAGUCCCACCCCAAGGAAUUUAAAAGAAUUAAUCAUACCACCGGAAUUCGAUUAUCCCGUUUAUUAUAAUAUUCAUUUGGUAGAGACGGGAGGAACUUUUUGGAACCCCGUGUUUAAUCGACUUAUACUUGCCAUCAUAUUUUGGCAAUUUACAAUGGUUGGAGUGAUGAAUUUAAAGGGUGCUCAUAUACAAUCUAUAGUGGUCAUACCUUUGAUCUUCCUUACAUUAAUCUUGAAGGUGUUUUGUUCGAGGACCUUUGACAAAUCCACGAGAUAUUAUAUACCAGAUACGGAAAGAACUGGAAGGCCAAGUGUCAUUGAUAAAGGAAAGCGGAAACAAGAAGAUCUUCAUCUUAAAUUUGGACAUCCUUCAACGACGAAAGAAUUAAUUAUACCAAUGAUACAUGUUAAUGAUAACGUUAAAAGUCAAUUAGAAAGCGUUUAUAAUGGUAGGAUUACCGAAACAACCGCCCUUACUAGACGUGGUAAAACUAAACGUAUUUUAUUGGUUGAAGAAGGUGAUUACACUUUAAGGAUUCAACCUAUUGAGGAGAGUGAAUUAUAUACCAUAGAUCCGGAUAAUUUUAAUAUGGGGUACGCCUUUGAGUUUGAUUCUCGUUCCAUUUUGGAAAGAGAUGGUAGUAAGUUGGGUUCAAGUAGAAUUAGUUUUAGUGACGAUGAAUUGGGUAAAAAGUGA